AUGGCGCCAAGUGUGAACCGUCCGACGGACAACAAACUCAAGGAGACGGACAUCAAUAAAAAACUCCAAUUAUUUGGAAUCUUUCAUGCUUUCAAGAAUAGCAAGCUUCCAUCGAACCAGCAGUGUGAUAUUGCUCUGAAUAGUGUCUUGAACUCAAAGGCGCUCAACUCGGGCAAGGAUCUCUCCUCUGAGGGCAGAAUCCUUGUAAAGGAUGUGCGCAAUGUCAUCAACAACGCCAAAAAGCUACUCCUGAGCAAGAACGAGGGUGAGUUACUGCAGGAAUUUAUCUGGCAAGCACAGCAGAUAAGCCCCGAUGAUUCCAAGCUACCCAAUGCACCAAUUUCCAAGGAGGCUGGCGCACGGGAUGCGAAUAAGACUUUGGAAGGCCUCAAGACCCUCGGUACCCUGCUUAUCACCAACGGUGAAUUCCGAAAGCUUUUGAGCGAUGCCACUAUUCUACUGAAGGAUAUCGCUGCAGAUGCUUCCCAAAAGGCUGCCAACCAAGUUCGUCCGUCGGAGGACCAACUCGCCCAAAUCGAUGUUCCAGCCGAGGAGAACGUGUGGCACGAAAAGCCAAAUUUGUCCAAGGAAGACUUAAAGAACCGCAUCCAGAAGAAGAAGACGAGCAAUGCUGGUUCCAUUGGCGGAUUCGCCGAAACUGGCGAUGCAGACUCUAUGGCAACUUCGGACACGAGCCGCACCCGCGAUGCCGCCAACAAGGCUAAGGAUUAUCUUUCUGGGAAAAUUCCCAAGGAGCGCCGCGAACAGUCUAUCUGGCGUCUGAAGAAGAUGAUCAUUGAAAUCCAGGGCCAUGCUGAUUAUCAACAGGCUGUCGAGACCCUGUUGUUCAUGGCGGAGAAGUACGCGGGCCAUACCAAGAACCUUGGCCAGCAGAGUGGUAGUGCUGUCAAGGACAUUCGGAGCACCAGCAGCGUUAUGACUGUCGAGUACAAUUUGCGCACUCUGAUUGAGCGCUUCGCCAACAACACAUCCUUGUCCGACUUCUUUGAUUCGUUGAACAAUAUCUACCGCGAUGCUGAUAAGGACCCUGAGCUACGGGGAUGGUUCCAGAACAUUGAUACUUACAUCCGCAAAUGUUUGCGUGAGCAGGGAUUCAUCAUGCAAGAUGAGGCCAACGAACAGUGGAACGAGCUUUAUGAUAAGGGCCGUUACCUGCUCCGUGAACGUUAUCGCUCGCACACUGAUCGCAUUGUCGACGAGAUCAAGUUUAUGGCUGAGCAAUUUGACAAGGACCCCCUGAACAAGGGUCUAGCAGACUCCAUUCAAAAGCUGUUCAAAGACUUGGGUCAAGAUAACCAAGGGAAGAUUGUGUUCAAGAAGCAUCUGCUUAAGGACAUCCGUGACGUCAUCAUCCCCGGUAUCGUUGAAAAUGUUCGCUAUUUCCCCAUUCCGCGUAUUGAGGUGUCGGACCCAAUGGUGGAUGUCGUCGUAGAGAAUCUUGUCAUUGAGAGUGACAAUCUGAUGCCCAACGUGGUGGAGUUUGGUAGUGACAACUACUUCCGCUGGGGUCGCAAGAAUAUCAGCAACCAGCGCAAUAACAAGAUCAUGAUCUCCAUGUCUGGUAUCCAGGCUGACCUCCGUGAUGUAAGCUACUACAUCAAGAAGAAGGAGGGCUUCCCUGCCAUCACAGAUACUGGUAUCAUGGAUAUCCUCCUCCGUGGAGACGGCCUCAGCGUCAAGAUUGCUGCUUCGACUGCCGACAAGAAAGACAAGCAGAAGUUUGUCAAGCUGGAAAAGAUUUCUAUCAACAUUAAGCACAUGGAUAUCAAGCUGAAGCAGUCCAAGUACAAGGUUCUUUUCGCCACUUUCAAGCCCCUGCUUUUCCGCGUGGUUCGCCCAGCUCUCACCAAGGUCAUCGAGGCUCAAAUUCGAGAUGCAUUUGAAAAGGCUGACGGGUAUGCCGCUGAAAUCCACAGCGAGGCUCAGCGUGCCCUGGAGGCUGCCCGUGAAGACCCAGAGAACGCUCCCAGCAUCUUCUCACGCUACGCUGACGCCAUGCGGGCCCGUGCUCAAGCUAAGGCCAAGCAGGCUGAGAGUCUGAUCAAGCGUGACACCAAGGUCCAGACCGUGAUGACAUUACACGACUCUCUGUUCCCGAGCAUCAAGAUCCCUGGUGGUAUUUCUACCAAGGCCCACGAAUACGCUGAGUUGGCCGCCAAGGGCGAGCGCUGGCAAUCACCGAUCUUCAGCGUUGGUGACGCAUCCGAGUCUUCUGAUAUCCCCUCUACGGGAAACAUCACCCGUAAGACUCACACCACUGCUGAUGGUAGUAUCGCUGGUGGUGCUGGUGGCGUUGAUGGUAUUGGCCACAUCACUACAGCUUCUGGUUCUGCAGCUUUGGCUACAGACAGUCCUGUUGGAUAUCCGUCUGGCGGCUUUUCCGAUGAAGUCGACCAGGCCUUUGUCAAGGGAAAGCCGACUAUUGUGAACGAUGGACUGAAAACUACCAAUGGAGCCACAUUUGGCAACAGCCCUACUACCGUCACACAAAUCUGA